UCUUUUUAACACUUAUCGAAAUCAUGUUUCCCAAGGCGAUUCUUCUUGCAGCGUCUGCAUUUUUGCUGCUUGCCUAUACGCUCCAACAAAGGCGUCGCAGGGCCAAGCUUCCCCCAGGUCCUCCACGUCUCCCAAUCAUUGGGAACCUCCACCAAGCUCCCAAGUCGGCCCCGUGGUUGACCUAUCAGAAAUGGAUCCAGGAAUACGGACCACUCGUCAGUGCAGACUUCGGUGGUACCACGGUGAUUCUCGUCGGAGACUUCGAAAUGGCCAAAGACCUGUUGGACCGGCGCGCGACCAUCUACAGCGGCCGUCCGCGUCUAGUGAUGGCUGCGGAGCUGACGUGCAAAGGCAUGCACAUCUUGUUGCGACAGCCUGAUGCGCAAUACGUGCUGCAUCAGCGACUCGAGGCCCCAGCACUGAGCCCGAGGGCUUCGACGACGUAUACUCCGAUUCAGGAUAUGGAGAGCAAAGUUCUCCUCCACAACUUCUUGAAAAGCAACGAUCUAAAGAAGAAUUUCGAAAUCUUCGCCGCCAGCGUCGUCUACGUGUUGACAUAUGGUUUCCGGAUAGUGACAAACGAUGAGUGGCAGAUCCAGACAUCGCAUGAAGUCUUACACAACCUCAUCCAUGCGGCGCAGCCCGGGAAGUGGAUGGUAGAUGCGCUUCCGAUGCUGAAAUAUCUGCCUGCGUUUCUGGCCCCGUUCAAGAAGACGACGGAAAAUUACUGGCAACUGGAGACGAACUUGCACAUAACCAAUAUGAAAGAAGCCCGUGAGAGGGAAAGCUGGAACUGGUGCAAGGACUUUGCGAAUGCUAAAGAAGUGAAGGGGAUGUCGGAAGUAGAACUGGCCUGGGACCUGGGCAUUCUGUGUGAUGCCGGAGUGGAGACAUCAGCCGUUUUCUUACAAACGUUCGCCUUGGCUUGCGUGGCACACCCAGACUUCAUGGCCGUCGCUCAGAAGGAGAUCGAUGACGUCGUAGGACAAGAGCGGAUGCCAGAUUUCGCCGAUUUGGAGAAGUUACCAUAUAUCCACGCGAUCGUGGAAGAAAACUUCCGAUGGCGCCACAUUUUGCCAGCGUCUUUCCCACAUGCCACACUAAAGGAGGACUGGUACAACGGCUACUUGAUCCCGAAGAGCUCAAUAGUCAUCCCCGUCUGGAAGGCCAUGCGCGAAGACGAGAAGCUGUUCGACGCUCCAUUGGAAUUUCGACCGGAGCGAUGGAUCGGCAAAGUCGGGCAACCCAACAAUUUCGGCUACGGGCGGAGGAUCUGUACCGGAAGGCACAUCGCGAAGAAUUCAGUCACUAUCGCAAUUGCUCGGAUUCUGUGGGGAUUCAAUGUGCGGUCCAAGGACGGGACGAGGAUCCAGGUUGACGACAGCAUGUUCGCAGCAGGCUUCGUGUCACAUCCAAAGCCGUUUGAGGCGAUAUUUGAACCACGGAGUGAGACGCACAGGGCAUUGAUCGAGAGAGAGUUUGAGAACGUGGACAAGGACGUUGGCAAUCUGCUUGCUGAGGUCAGGAAGAGACAGGUGGAGGUGGGGUUGAGACCUCGUGCUUGAGAACAGUGGAGGAUCCCGCGGCCGCUAGUGAAUGCGCUAUUCCCAACUGAGUCUAGAUUCAUUGCUGCUCUUGUACCACUUGGGUCGAG